ACCAAUACCAUUGAUUCCGACAUUCCGUGUUGACGUUCAACCGGUAUUGGAGUUUGUUGUAUGAAUUCGUACAUAAAGUGAAAAGAACUUAACAACGAAUAUUACGUUUAUUUGCGCGCGUUAUUGGUUAUCUUCGGGUUUUUGUUUUUUUAGUCGAAGUUUUGUGAUCACUAUGUGCGUCAGCCAAACGGUUUUUACGAGUCGGUCAUCCGACAGUGACCAGACAUCGUUGAAUCACGGUCGAGCAACAGUUUGAACCCAACGCCGCGAUAACACCGUAUAAUAUGGAUAGUGUGCGAGCUCUAGAAGUGAUGGGUCUUCUUCAAGAGAAGAUUGCAUUCCUCACUGGUGGUCGAGACAAACGAGGGGCGCCUGUAGUUACGUUUCCUUCUACUCCAAGAAGAGAACGAGCUAAACUUGAAGACUAUCGACGGUUAUUGCAAUAUUUUGGAUCUAUACCUCCGUGUGAAGCUAAAGAAUCAGGUUUAGUAGCGGUGAUUGAUAUGCGAGGUGGUUCUGGCUGGUCAUCUGUCAAACCAAUCUUGAAAGCCCUCCAAGAUUGGUGUGCCGGAGGCAAUGGGAACCAUGUGUAUGCUGUAUACGUUGUAAAACCUGAUAAUUUUUGGCAUAAACAGCGAACCAGUAUGGCUAGUCAUAAAUAUAAAUUUGAAACAACGAUGGUGAAUUUAGAAGGCUUAUCUAAGUUUAUAGAUUCUACACAACUGACAUCAGAUCUCGAUGGAUCUCUACACUAUGAUCAUGCCCAAUGGAUUGAUAUUCGAUUAAGUAUUGAAGAAUUCAUGUGGCAAGCAGCUGAUUUGUUAGAUCGAUUAGAUGAUUUACAAGAAGAUUUGAGCCGUAACGAUUGUAGAGAUGAUAUUGCUGGUGCCAAACUUGCCCUUGACUUUCAUACCGAUAUGAAAAAGAAAGUACUCAAGACUCCAGUAGAGGAUAUGGAUUUAGCUGGCCAACAACUCUUGCAAAGAUUAUCCGGAGAUAAUAAUAGUGGUUAUGAUUCUGGUUAUUCUGGACGUGAUAGUGAAGCUAGCAAUGGUAUUAGUAAUCCAGAUUUACAAGCAUCUGUACCUCAAAUACUUCAGCAGUUGGAUACCAUUAGAACAUCUCAUAAACAUGUAUUACAGUUAUGGCAACAUAAAAAACUUAAAUUAGAUCAAUGCUUCCAGUUGAGACUGUUUGAACAGGAUUGUGAAAAGAUGUUUGAUUGGAUUUGUCAUAAUCGGGAUGUUUUUUUGAUGAGUUAUGUUGAAAUUGGACAUUCCUAUCAACUUGCCAAAGAUAUACAAGAAGAGCACAAUCAUUUCACCAUGAGUUCCAUGAAUGUGUAUGUGAAUAUAAAUCGUAUUGUAGCUGUUGCUCAUCGUAUGAUUGAAUCUGGACAUUAUGCUUCUAAUCAUAUAAGAACAGUUGCUCAACGAUUAGAUAGAACAUGGAAACAGUUUGCUGCUGGAUUAGACGAACGAACAUCAGUGUUAGCAUUAUCUGUUUUAUUUCAUCAUAAAGCUCAACAGUAUGUGGAAAAUGUACCAAACUGGGAUGAGGCCAUAGAAAAUGUUACCAUACCAAAUGAAAUUAUGGUGUUAGAAAAUUCAAUUCAUCAACAUCAGAAUUUAUAUGAACUCAUGUGCCAAGCAUACACUGAGGUUUAUAAUGGGUAUCAAAGCCUAUUAAAUGGGCUGGAUACUUUGGUACAAGUCUGUGAAAGUUUUCCAACUCCUCCAAGCAAUGUACCGUUUAUACAUUAUGGCAAUUCUCCACAAAAAAAUCUGGAUAGUGGAUCAGACUCUUCAGCCAAUACAACUAAGCCAGUUGGAACAAACCAUCAACAAGCAGCAGCUGAUUAUUCAGAAGGUGCCAGUCAUGUACUUGCUGUAAUACACCAAAUUUUAAACCAUCAUAGAAGUCUAGAACAUCGAUGGCAUUCUAAAAAGAUAAGACUUCAUCAGAAAUUGGCUUUACGAUUAUUUCAAGAAGAUGUCAAACAAGUUCUUGACUGGUUGUCUAAUCACGGAGAAGUAUUUUUAAGAAAGAAUACUGGAAUUGGACGUACGUUACAAAAAGCUCGGGUUUAUCAAAAAAGUCAUGAACAUUUCGAAAAUGUGGCCCAGAACACAUAUACUAAUGCUGAGAAAUUGCUGACAGCUGCGGAAGAACUGUCUCAAACCGGCGAAUGUGAUGCUUCUGACAUUUGUUCGGUGGCCGCCGAACUUGAAAGCCAUGUAGCCGCUUUUGCGGCGCGUGUUCAAGCUCGAAGACGGCGUUUGCAGAGAGCUGUGAAUUUUUAUACGCAUCAGUCUGAGCUCCAAGGCUGGCUUGAUGAACUCAGAGCCGAAACCGAUGGGUGUGACGAGGCAGCAGACACUUUGGAAGGAACCGAGAGAGCUCUAGAACAAGUCAGCCAUCAACGGGAUUCUUGUUUAGACGCUUGUCAUUCGACAAUAAGUGAAGGGGAGGCGUUGCUACAAGAACUGAGAAGUGGAGGCGUUACUGCUGAAAUGGACCCCACUGGAUCAGUUGCUGCGGUAGAUGCCGCACUCGAGCGAUUAAAUAAACAACGUUUAGAGUUGGAACAACUAUGGACAACUCGAAAAUUAAAAUUGGAUUUAUGUCUAAGACUACGGAUUUUUGAAAGAGAUGCACUUGAAGUGUCCUCACAGUUAGAACUUUGGGCAAAUGAAUUAGAACGAAAUCAAAAUGAAGUUAUAACAACAUUAUCAGAAGCAGAGUCACGGUUAUCUCGUCACAAUGAUUCGGUGGCACAAAUGCAGGCAGCUGUUUAUCAAGCACUGGAACAAGGCGAACAAUUGGCUCAAGUGUUGGAUAAAUCUGGAGUUGGUGUAAUGGCUGAUAGUCAAUAUACUGCUCAAACUAGAGUGCAAGUGUUACUUGAGUUUUUGCACGAACGCCAUAUGGAUUUGGUAGAAUUAUCUGAAAUCAAACGUAGUCGACUCGAUCAAGCUGUUCAAUUGUGUCAAUUUAAUAAUGAUGCAUCACAAGUAAUAAGUUGGAUUCGUAACGGUGAAUCAAUGCUUUCGGCAAAUUUCACUAUUCCAAACUGUUUAGUAGAUGCAGAAAUUCUAAAAAAAGAACAUGAACAAUUUCAAGUUGCAAUUGAAAAAACUCAUUCAGCUGCUGUUCAAGUAAAACAAUUGGCUGAAUCCCUUGUAGCUUCUAAUCAUUAUGACUCAACUACAGUAAAAGAAAUGGCUAUAGAGGUCACUAAACGAUGGCAACAGUUGGUUACAUGUGCUGAAGAACGGCACAAAUUAGUUACUGCUAGUCUGAACUUUUAUAAGACUGCAGAACAAGUAUGUUCUGUCAUGGAUAGUCUUGAACGAGAAUAUCGCCGUGAGGAAGAUUGGUGUGGCGGUGGAACUAUUGAAGCCGAUAAAUUAGGGCAACUUUGUACUAAACAUCAAGAACAAAAAGAAGCUUUCUUGAAAGCAUGUACAUUGGCUAGGCGAACAGCUGAGACAUUUUUGAAAUAUACUAAUCGUAGCUUGCAGUAUUAUAGCUGUACUAAUCAGUCUAUGGCUACUGUGGAUACAGCUUCUGAAGCUCGAGUUAAAAACAUUCUCGAAAAAUUAUCAGGUCAGGAAAACAAAGUACUGGACCAUUGGUCACAAAGAAAAAAACGACUUGAUCAGUGUCAACAGUUUGUAUUAUUUGAUAAGUCAGCUAAGCAAGCUAUGGAAUGGAUACAUAAUGCUGGUGAACAGUAUCUAAAUACUCAUACUACUGUUGGUGCUACCCAGGAUGAAACAAGACAUUUACUUCAUGAACACAACGAGUUUAAAACAUCAGCGAAAGAGACACGUGAAAAAGUUAAAUUGUUAAUACAGUUGGCAGAUAAUUUAGUUGAAAAAGGCCAUGCUCAUGCCAACGCCAUAAAGCAAUGGGUAGCAGCAGUUGACAAUACCUAUAAACAUUUUAGUUCUAGAAUGGAUAAAUAUAGGUUUGAAUUGGAAAAGAGUUUAGGCAUUCAAGAGCAUGUUGAUACUCGUGAUCUUUCCUUUGAUAGAAACUCAGAUCCAAAUUUAGAGCAAAAAGUAAAAGAAUCAACUAAAGAUUUGAAAGAAUUAAAUGAAGAAAAAAGGAGAUCAGCUAGAAGAAAAGAAUUCAUUAUGGCGGAACUUCUCCAAACUGAAAGAACGUAUGUGAAAGAUUUAGAUGUUUGCAUCAAAGCCUAUUUAGAUGAAAUACGUGCUCUUCAAAAUGUACCAAUUGGACUUCAUGGACGAAUUGAUAUUUUAUUUGGUAACAUUGAAGACAUACGCAAUUUUCAUAGAGAUGUUUUUAUCAAAGAACUGGAAAAAUAUGAGACAAUGCCUGAAGACGUGGGGCAUUGUUUUGUCACCUGGGCACAAAAAUUUGAUAUGUAUGUGAAAUAUUGUAAAAAUAAACCAGAGUCUAAUGCUAUACUAGUACAACAUUCGGGUUCAUGUGGUGGUGUUUUUGAAGAGCUUCAAAAAAAACAUAACAUUGAUCAUCCAAUUGCUGCUUAUUUAAUAAAACCAGUACAAAGAAUCACAAAGUACCAAUUGCUAUUAAAAGAUCUCCAAUCUUGUUGCAAAGAAGGCCAAGGAGAAAUUAAAGAUGGCUUAGAUGUUAUGUUGAGUGUUCCAAGAAAAGCCAACGAUGCUUUGCAUUUGUCCUUAUUAGAAGGAUGUGAUAUUUCUACUGAUGAACUUGGUGAUGUUGUUGUGCAAGAUACAUUGUACGUAUCUGACUCAAGGCAUCACCUAUUGCGUAAAAGUCGCGAAAGACAUUGUUUUUUAUUUGAGCUGUAUUUAGUAUUUGCCAAACAUGUAAAAGAUCACUCAAAUAAUCCUAAAGUUAAAUACUUAUACAAAAACAAACUCAUGACUUCAGAACUAGGUGUAACUGAGCACAUAGAAGGAGAUGAAUGCAAAUUUGCUGUAUGGACUGGCCGUGCACCAAUUUCGGAUUACCGUAUUGUGUUAAAAGCAUCCACAUUAGAAGCAAAACAAACAUGGGUGAAAAAACUCAGAGAAGUAAUUCAAGAAACAUACUUCAACUCUGCUUUGCGUAUGUAUAUGCCCAAGAGUCCAGCUAAACUUAAACCUGACAGUCAACGAUCUAGCCGAGAUUUAGAAGAAGAAAACUUGGACCGUGGAUCAUUGGCUUCUUUUGGAUCAGGCAACACUACAGAUUCAGACAAGAACUCUGGCGUGGAGAUGACUUGGGUGAUCGCAGACUUUACGGCAACGGCCGCCGGCCAGGUGACCGUUUCCAAAGGUCAGCAGGUAGAGCUCCUAGACUAUUGCGGCGGUACGAGCGAAAUGGUUUUAGUGCGCGUACCGUCCGACUGCACCGAAGGAAUGGUGCCACAUAUCGUACUUAAGCAACCACCGUCACUUAAACAACCACCGUCACUCAAGUCACCGCAGGCGACAGAAACUACCUCGGGAGAAUGUGCGGAUAACGCCUCAGCCGCCGUUGCAGCAUCUUUGGCUUGCAACAAUUCACCAGUGACCAAAAGACGUGUUUUCAGCGGAAGGAUGUGGAUUCCACAACCGUUGAGAAAAUUCAGCAACGGCAGCAAAGUUGACAAAAACCACGUGCAAUCGUCGGCCAAAAAGGGAUCAGAUAAAAAAUACAAAUCACCCAUCAGCGAAGCCACCAAAUCGUUACCGAAUGAUGAUGAACAGAACGGUGAAGAACCUGAUGACGAACUCGAAUUACCGCCGCCUAUGAAACCCAUUUCUGAGUCGAUUUUGGUGAACUCUUCCGACCCAAACACAGUCGUCUCACAAAGAACCUCAGGACUGUCGGCGGAAGUGACAGCCUCGUCUUCAGCCGACUUGGCUGAAAUCGAACAAAUCGUCAAAGAUAGAAUGGAACAACAUACCACCACCGCCGCAGCUGCCGCCGCCGCUGCUGCUUCUUCAUCCGCUUCCAUCACCAACCCCGUCAUCUUCCCUACCGACAAGAUGAGUGGUGAAUUGAGACUGAAAAACGACGACGUUGAGUGUGAAGAAGCGCUGCAUAAACGAGAGUACGUUAUGAGAGAGCUGGUCGAGACCGAACGAGAUUAUGUUAGAGACUUGUCGCUAGUGGUCGAAGGCUACAUGACUGUGAUGAAAGAUCCCGAAGCCGCCGGCUGUGACAUCCCCAUGCCUGACGACUUGAAAUCUGGCAAAGACAAAAUGAUCUUCGGUAACAUUGAACUUAUCUACGAAUGGCACAGAGAUGUGUUUUUAGCGGCUGUUGAGCGAUGUCUCACCCGACCGCAUGAGCUCGGCAAACUGUUCAAAAAAUACGAACGCAAGCUUUUAAUGUACGUGGUUUACUGUCAGAACAAGCCAGUUUCCGAAUACCUAGUUUCUGAUCAUAAUGACUAUUUCGAGGAAAUGCGUCAGUUCCUAGGCCACAAGCUCCAGCUAAGUGACAUCCUUAUCAAGCCUGUGCAGAGGAUUAUGAAAUACCAGCUGCUGUUGCGGGACAUGUUCAAGUAUACAGAGCGGGCCAAGCUGGCAGACGAAAUGGAAGCUCUACGGCAGGCUAUGCAUGUCAUGCAAGUAGUCCCCAAAGCAGCUAACGACAUGAUGGAUGUCGGUCGGUUGCAAGGUUUCGACGGCAAAAUUACCGCUCAGGGUAAGCUGUUGUUGCACGGCAUGUUGACGUGCGCUGAGGGUCCCAGCUGUAACCCAAACCGAGUACCACCGCUCAAAGACCUGCACGUAUUCCUUUUUGAACAAAGUAUAAUACUCAGCGAAGAAAUGCGUAAGAAGGCGCAGUUUAGCAGCCCGGUGUAUGUUUAUAAAGCGCACAUUCAGGUGAACAAAAUGACACUGGAUGAGAGGCACGGUUCAUCCAGUAGUAACUCAUCCGACGACUCAUCAGACGGGUCGUUUAUUAUCAAAUCCACCGACCCUAAGAGGCCGCCACUGUGGUUCGUAUGCCAUGCGCAUAGUGCCGAGUCGCGUUCCGAAUGGUUGCAGAACCUCAGACAAAUACUACAGACUCAACAGGACUUUCUAAAAGCCAUACAGUCGCCUAUAGCGUAUCAAAAAGAACAGACGAAGGAGACCAGUUAGUUGGCAAAAUACGUCACAAUGAACAAAUAAAAUUAAUAAUAUUAAAUGUCUACUAUACUCGUCGAUUUUGAUGGUUUAGUACGAUUGUGUUCGGCACAUUGACAAUUUAAGUCUGAUCAUGUCCCCAAGCAGAUUGAAUAUUAUUAUAUUAUAAUUAUCAAUACGACAUUCCUAUUUUACAUUAUCUUUUAAAUUUUUAUCUAAGUAGU